AUGGAUGAUAAUAUUGUAAAUGAGAUGAAGGAUGAAAUUUCUCGUCUAGUACAAAAGGUCAAGCCUUUUCAGCCAAAUGUGAGGGAGAUUUAUAUCAAAGCCCUCAAAGCUUUAGAAUCAUCACUGCAAGAUAUCAUUUUGGUGGAACAACCUGUUCUGCACUUUCUCUAUACUCUUCUUCGCCAUAUGAUAGAGCUAUCAAAUGUGAAGGCAAGAUUCAAGAGAUCUGUAAUGGAUCAAAUCGAAGCAUUGCAUGAGGAGCUGCAAAUUAUUAGUUGUUAUCUCUUUGAUCCAUCAGCUUCGCAAUACACUCAGAAAAUUAAGAAAGUGAGCCAUCUACUUUUGCACAUCAAAAUAGUGCUCUGUCGUGCAGCAUAUGCUAUUUAUGCAUCUUAUGACAGUGAUAUUCCUGAAGAAAUGGCUGGGGAGCUGAAUCUUAGAAUUGCCGAUUUGCUGCUAGAGAUAGAGCUGCAGUAUCAAAUGGAGAUGGUUCUUGGAAGCGUAUUAUCUCUCAGAGAAGAUUUUUUUGAAAUUGGGGAACAACUUUUCCGAGAACAGGAGGAGCAGAGAGACCCUUGGCUACGUUUCAAAGACAUUGUAUGCCAGACUGAAUUUGUCAUUGAUUCAUUUAUUGCCAGAAGUGGUCAUCUUUGGGAAUGGAAAUUGGGGCUGUUUGAUAUCCUACAACAGAUUAAGAUUAUCAGCAGAGAGCUGGUUAGGAAAUUUGUUGGAUUGCAAGGUCCCAACCAUGAGGCUGGAAAUGAAACAAAGAAGUCCAUUGGCCAUGUGGAGCUUUUUGCUGAUGAAGCAAAAAAGAUAAAGAAGCAACUUACUAAUGGUUUCACAGAGUUGUACAUACUCUCGAUUGUGGGAAUGCCUAGCAUUGAAUGCAAAGGCCUAACUCUUGCUGUGGAUUUGGUAACUGGACUACUGGGAAAGAAGGCAAGUAAUACAGAAUGCUGGGCACAGGUUGCAAAUAGUUUAAACACAAACCUUCUUGAAGAUGAAGACAGACGGUGUAUGCACAUACUGGAACUUAGUUACAGGCAGUUACCAGACCAUUUGAGGCCAUGCUUUCUUUAUUUCAGAGCAUUUCCUAGGAACACAGAAGCGCCAACAAAUAAGUUGAUGUGGCUAUGGAUUGCAGAAGGAUUUGUUCAACUGCAAAAAGAUGAUGAAGGAAGCUCAGAGGAUGUCGCUGGGAGCUACUUGACUGAUCUAAUUGGCAGAAGCCUUGUAACAGGUUGCAAAAGCGUAUCCUCCGAUGGAGUGAAAGCAAGCUGCGUCCAUGAUCUAUUGCAUGAUUUUGCUCUGGCAACAGUUAAAGAAGAGUGCUUUUUGCAGCUGCAAACAUGUGUUCAUUCUGAUCAUUUGUCUUCUCAUGCCCAGACAUUGUACGAGCCAUACUGUCUUUGCAUCAAAGCCUUUUGGCCGACGUCUUCGCUCUCUAGUGUCUUCUGA